AUGAAACCUUCUUUAUGGACUCCUGCAGAGGUUGCAUGCGAAGUUCGUCAAAACGGAUUCGAUAAAUUCUCAAGAGAUUUCAUGCAGAGUGGAAUAACUGGAAAAGAUCUAUAUUUUGUUACUGAUGCUGACCUUAAAAAGAUCGGAAUGACAAUAACUCAAAGGUCAAAGUUUAUGACAUGGGUCAAAUCACUUCCUCCUUACAGAGUUAAAUCUAAUCCUGGAGGAAACAAGCUUCAUAAAUGUCUUGAACCGCGUCCAGAUUUUGAUUUACCGAAAACGCCAGCAUCACCAAAACAAUCAUCACAACGCACAACAACAACAUUUAGGACAACUGAUACUCGUUCAUCUGGAACAAGAGCAUCAGCUUCUCGCCGCGUUACUCCAUAUAAUACGAACGUUUCUUCUUAUAGCAGCAAAGUACAUACUUUUGCACCACCAAGUGAUGAUUUUGAUAUUCAUGAACUUGAUUUUACUCCUCCUCCAAGAGUAACAACAAUUCCAAAACCUAUUAGAGCAAUGCGAGGCAAAGGACCAAAAUUAAAUAUCUCUGAAGAUGGUUCUACAAGUGAUCGUCAGCCUUGCCACUAUUGUGGACGCAAAUUUGCUCCUGAUCGAUUACCAGUUCAUGAACGAAUUUGUGCAAAGACAAGAAAGCGUCGUCCUUUCAAUGCUUCAAUGCAUCGUGUGUCUGGCACUGAAAUGCGCUAUGUACCUCGUUCAUCAAGAGCAGAAUCAAAAUCAAAUUCGCGGAAAUACAUCAACGGCAAGCCAAAAUACAAGAUCGAGCAUGAAAACCUUGUUGCUGCUUUACGUGCUGCAAGAGGAAUGGCUGCAUAUGAAUCUGGAAAAAUAAAAGCAAUGCCAAAGAUGCCGAAAAUGCAAGAUGUUCCAGAUGGACGCGUUAAAUGUCCUGUAUGUGGUCGCAAAUUUGGGCCAGAGCAAGCAGAGCGUCAUAUUCCGUUCUGCAAACGAAAUGCGGGAAUUAGACCUCCAGCAAGACCUGUUAAGAGGAGGUAUUAA